UCCUUUCCAAAACCCACCCCCCACCCCUCCCAUGCCCCAAAACGAAACGAGAACAACGCACUCGCCCCCCUCCCACUAUAUAUAUGUAUGUACGCACGAGUCUCUCGCUCUCGCUCGCGCUCUCGCUAUACAGAUAUCGCGCGGAAGAGGAGAGGGGAGUAGAGAGAGAAGAGGGGGAGGAGGAGGAGGAGAGGAGGAGGAGGGGGAGCAAUGGCGGAGAGGCAACUCAUCGUGGUGGUGGAGGGGACUGCGGCGCUCGGGCCCUACUGGAGCACCAUCCUCUCCGAUUACCUCGAGAAGAUCAUCAGGUCCUUUUCUGCAAAUGAGCUAAAUGGACAGAAGAUAUCUGGUGCAGGUCCUGAGUUUGCUAUGGUUAUCUUUAAUACUCAUGGAGCUCUCAGUGCUUUCACUGUGCAACGGAGUGGCUGGACCAAAGAUCCAGAUGUUUUCCUUCGGUGGCUGUCAGGAAUACCAUUUAUUGGUGGCGGUUUCAAUGACACUGCCACUGCUGAAGGCCUUGCUGACGCAUUAGUGAUGUUCCCUCUGCCUCCUAAUCCAAGCCAGCAAAAUCAUGAAAUGCAAAAACAUUGCAUUCUUGUUGCUGCCAGUAAUCCCUACCCUUUGCCUACACCAGUAUAUCGACCUCCUCCUCCGCACAGUGAGAAUGCUGAAGCGCCGACAGAAUCAUGGCUUGCUGAUGCUGAAACAACAGCAAAAUCAUUCGGCCAGUGGUCUAUAUCAUUGUCAGUCAUAGCUCCCAAACAGCUUCCGAAACUUAAAGCAAUAUAUAAUGCGGGAAAGAGAAAUCCGCGAGCUGCUGAACCAGCUGUGGAUCAUGCAAAAAACCCUCAUUUCCUUGUUUUACUGUCUGAGAAUUUCAUGGAGGCACGUGUUGCUCUAACUCGUCCUCCAAAUGUAAGCAAUGUGAAGGUGGAUGGUGCUUCCGCUGCUCCUGCUGCAUCAGUCGCGCCAACAAGUUCCAAUAUCUCAGUUAAUGGAUCUAUUAUGAGUCGUCAAGCAUUAGCCGGUGGAAAUAUGCCCACUGCAACUGUUAAAGUGGAGCCAACUACAAUACCUUCUUUGGUACCUGGACCAACCUUCUCACACCUUCCGGCUAUAAGCAAUGUUACCUCUCAAGGAAUACCGACGUUGCAGAGUUCUUCGCCAUCUCCUAUUUCACAAGAAAUGAAUGCAAUUAAUGAUAAUGUGCAGGAACAUAAGCCAUUAGUAAACCCUGUAUCCCAACAAUUACGCCCGGUGGGCCCUGCCGCAGCAAAUGUGAACAUAUUGAACAAUCUUUCUCAGCACCGGCAAAUGAUGAACUCGACCUCUUUAGCAGGAGCCAGUUCUAUUGGACUGCCAAUGCAUAUGUCGAGCAUGAUAUCGAGUGGGAUGACGUCAGCUGCGAUGUCAGGAAUAUCAUCUUUACCUGGUGUUACACAAAACACAAAUCUUGGUUCAUUCACAUCGGCUACUUCCAAUAUGUCUAGCAACUCAAAUAUUGGUAUUGCACCUUCGUUGGCUAAUCUGCAAGGAAAUAUUAGUAUGGGCCAGUCACUAUCCAAUGUUGCACAAGCGAGUUUAGCAUCAGGAGGGCAAAUAGGGCAAAGUGGAAUUGGCAUGAACCAGAACAUAAUGAGUGGUCUUGGGACCACAGGUAUUUCCUCUGGAACAGGUCCUGGGACGAUGAUUCCGACUCCAGGAAUGUCUCAACAGGCAGGUGUACAUUCUCUAGGCAUGACCGGUAAUUCCUCCAUUAAUAUGCCUAUGACACAACACCCCAAUGUUCAACAGUCUCAGUCCAAGUAUGUUAAAAUUUGGGAGGGAACAUUGUCUGGACAAAGGCAGGGCCAACCUGUUUUCAUUUGUAAACUCGAAGGCUACAGAAGUGCAUCUGCUGCUGAUACGCUCGCCUCAGAUUGGCCAUCGACGAUGCAAAUUGUUCGGCUCAUAGCUCAAGAGCAUAUGAACAACAAGCAAUAUGUUGGUAAAGCGGACUUCCUGGUAUUUCGGACCUUAAAUCAGCACGGCUUUCUUGGACAACUGCAAGAAAAGAAACUGUGUGCUGUUAUCCAGCUACCUACCCAGACGCUACUACUGUCCGUCUCAGACAAAGCAGGCCGCCUGAUUGGAAUGCUCUUUCCCGGGGAUAUGGUUGUAUUCAAGCCGCAGGUGUCUAGUCAGCAGCAACAGCAACCCCAGCUGCAGCAGCAGCAGCACCUUCAGUCGCAGCCUCAAUCACACCCCCAUCUUCAACAGCAGCAGCCGCAGCAGCAGCAGCUUCCGCAGCAGCAGAUGGGCCAGCCACAACAGCUGCAGCAGCAGAUGGGCCAGCCACAACAGAUGCAGCAGCAGCAGCAACUUCAGCAGCAGCAGCAGCAGCAGCAGCAGCAGCAACUUCAGCAGCAGCCACAGUUACUUCCGCAGCAGCAGCAGCAGCAGCAGCAGCCGCCGCAGCAGCAGCAAAUGGUUGGCCCCGGAAUGGGCCAGAGCUUCAUGCAAGGGCAUGGCAGGUCUCAGAUGAUGCCACAAGGCAAAGUGCCCUCGCAAGGGCCGCCGACUAACAUGCCAGGCGGAGGUUUCCUUCCUUAAAAUACUAUAAUCCAUUUUCAAUCAAACUUAUCUAGUCUCAAAAGAGUGCAUGUAUAUAAAUAAAGAUACUUGGUAUGGUGUGACAAACAGUGUCCUAAGUUAUUUAAGUUUGUUGGUCGUCAUCGUAAUUCGGUCUUUCAGACUCUUUGUAUGUUUUGUUAGCUUAAUCUAUUUUGAAACUUUUGUCUACCAUAA